AUGGGGAUGCAGUCUGUGGGUCCUCAGCAGUGCCAGGAGCUGGCCAGCAUCCAUGCACCACCUCCAGCAAGAUGGACAAGGUGUGUAACGUGCAAGGGAUCCCGACACAGGCUAAAGCAGCAGAAGAGAUGCCAGCUUUGCUCAGGCACAGGUCGCAAAAGGUGCAAUACCUGUUCUGGUUGGGGCAGCAAGACCUGUGUGACCUGUCAGGGAGAGAAAAAGCUGCAGCAUUUCAAGCAGCUGGUGAUAACCUGGAAGAGCAAUGUCUUUGAAUUUGUUUCUGAGCAUCAUCUGAACUUCCCAGGAGAGCUGCUCAGCAAAGUCAGUAGAGAGAGUAUAUGUAAAGAUGAAAACUUGCUGGUGUACCCCAUCAUUGACUUCCCUGGACCCGAGAUCUCCCUGGCCUAGCAGUGAGUCAUUGCAGAGCACAGAGCAGCGUUGGCCACGUCCUCCUGCAUCCUCCAGCAGCAUCAAACAAUUGAGCUAAUCUCCAUCACAGAAGUUCACUACUAGUAUUCAGGGAAGCCUUACCUCUACUAGAUCUAUGGGCUCCAGAACAAGGUGUAUGCACUGGACUACCCUGAGAGGUGCUGCUGCAGCUGUGCCAUCAUCUGAGAGUUGGUGCUGGGAGAAAACCAUGAUUCUGGCAGUGAUUACCUCGUGAAACCCCUUCAGGGAGCAGAGAUGCUCCAGGACCUUGCUCCCAGGCAUGCUUGAGUCUGCAACAGGGGACUGCCAACAGAACAGAGAAGGGGAAGAAAACCAUCAUGCCUCUCCCUUCAAACCCCUUGUAUCUCGAGCUGGGGCCAGCUCCAGGACUCCUGCUGGGUGCAUAUCAGGCCUCUGGGUAAAGAUUUCUCCCUUUGGAUAUUUUCCUUUCUUGUUGCAACGCUGUAUCAUGAAGGUGAUGGGUAUCGACAUUUUCAGUUCAGCUAUGCAGUUUAUGGCUGGUCCUUUCUUUGCC